CCCGUUGCUGCCGGCCGCCGUGCAUCCUUUGGAAUUCAUCCUUCUUGACGCCACUAGCGAAUCCUCCUCGUUGGAAGCCGCUGUUGCUUAUUACUCCACAUCACGAGGCUGAGACGCCCGAGGACGACAUCGCCGCCGGCCGCUGCCAGGUUCGAGUUCUGCAGCCUGAGGUAGCCUGCUUCUCUUCUGUGGUAGUCCUAUUUCUUCUUUUGUUUAUGCCGUAGGGGAUGGAUGAGUCCCUGGUCAAGAAUUGGGAUUUGGAAGCCAGAGGUUUUCACAAUCAUACCCCUUAAAGCUAGGGGUUAGGACUAACUUCCACCAAAUUCUUGAACCAUGUUCUCAACCCCUAACUUGGCUUACCUUGGAAGCAAUCGUUUUCUCCUCCCCGCUGAUACGUCCCUCCGUCGGCGAUUAAGACUUUGAAGGAAUAAUCAGGCUCACUGUUAAACAGAGAGAACAAUGGAUUCAGGUCAGUCUUUUCGCUUCCCCGUCGCUCACAAUGCAGUUUCUUUGGAUAUCAAGGGGAAUAAAACUGAAAUUAUAAUCUGCAAGUAUGAUGAUAAAUUUCUGGUCAUAGUGACCCAGAUUGGAUGCAUGGGGACAAUACUGCAUGCCAGGAAGGAGGAAAGUGUAUUGACCGAUCCAACUUACAGUGUCUCCAUUAUAUUUGGUAAAAGAGAUGAGCCAUGGCUUAUUGCAUGUGGUCGCCAGUUGAUUGAACAUAUAAGUUGCUCUGGCUCUUCUAUGCAUUUGGUGCUUUCUCUUGGGCUGAAGGAUCAUUCUCCGGAAACUCUGAAGGAUGUCACUCUAGCUGUAAUCGAGAAUCGCCUAUGGUGAACUGCAUUGCUAUUCCUUAUUAGCUUCUAAAGCUUCAGACCUGGAAACCAUAUCUGGUGCUUUUUUGCCAGCAUCAUCGCAUGCUAAAUCGACGAGGUCAAUGAACCGAUGUUUCUAAAAUAUGCUUGGCGUUGCAUUGCAAGACUAUUUACCAGAGUGAUUCCUGCUAUGUUCACAAUGAAGUGAAACUUUUGGAAAUAUUAUGUUUGUACUAUAAUGAACGUUACAACUUCUUGAUUUAAUAGAUGGCUAAUAAUGUAACUAGAGAAUGAUUGUUAAUUUCAUUAUGAAAUGAUAGUUAGCCCACAGAAGAUGAACGUAA